AUGGCAGAGCGCGAGGCGUCGCCGUUACCACUGGAGGUUCGCGCCCGGCUGGCGGAGCUGGAGCUCGAGCUGUCAGAGGGGAAGGAAUGCUGCUUAGACUGUAACCAAUCACAGCUGGGUGUAGAUGUGAUUCUGAAGAUCAAUGUAUGGAGGGUAUGUCUCACCGCCCCCUUUGCCCCCCCAUCUGCUGCUCGCUUCCACAGACGGCGCUCUUCUGGAACACGUGAUGAACGCUAUCGUUCAGACGUCCACAGUGAGGCGGUGCAGGCAGUGUUAGCCAGACAUGUGGAGAGCAACGUGGCAGUGCCUAUGCCCUCCAAACGACGAUCACUGGUGGUACAGACAUCCAUGGAUGCGUACACACCCCCAGACUCGUCGUCGGGCUCAGAGGAAGAGGCGGGGCCAGGCAAUGACAUGCCGGGAAUGGAACACUGGAUGACUCGCCCUGCCCACUUAGGUCCAGCCCACCUAGGCUCCACCUCCUCGUCGUCCUCGUCCACUCAGAGCGGAGGAAGUGGCAACGCAGGACGACUGGCCGACUCGCUCGCACACACACACCUCUCACACCCACACCUGGCACACGCCCACCUCACACACACACACCUGACCCAGUCACACCACGUGUCAGCUCACCACUCACAAACACACCACGGUAUAGGGCACCUGUCUCUGAAGCGUAAGGCAGCUCUGGGCAUGGCGGAGAACGGAGGCUCUCUCAGAAGAUCCUGUGAGUUCGGCUCUGAUAUGCUGUGGCCUCCACCACUGGAGUCUGACGAGAAUCACUCUGCUCCUCCUGAUGUGACUGGCUAUUCGUCUGACUCCUCCCACUCCCGCCCCCACUCAGAGCGCCACAUAGGAACCAUCGCCCGAAACACUCAGAAAUACGGCAACGCUGAACGCAUGGAGACUGGAGACGGUGUCCCGGUCAGCAGUCGUGUGUCUGCUAAGAUCCAGCAGCUAGUGAACACUCUGAAAAUGCCUCGUAGACCUCCGCUAAGAGAGUUCUUUGUUGAUGACUUUGAAGAACUUCUAGAAGUCCAGCAGCCAGAUCCUAAGCAGCCGCGCCCGGAGGGGGCAGAAAUGUUGGCAGUAAGUGGAGAAGCCCUGGGGGUGGUGACUAACUGGCCACCCUCCCUGGAGGCAGCUCUCCAACGCUGGGGCACCAUCAGCCCUAAAGCGCCCUGUCUCACCAGCCUGGAUACCACUGGCAAACCUCUAUAUGUACUCACAUACGGGAAGCUGUGGUCUCGGAGUAUCAAGCUGGCCUAUAACAUCCUCCACAAGCUGGGCAGCAAGCAGGAGCCCAUGUUGCGACCGGGGGACAGGGUGGCGCUGGUGUUUCCUAACAAUGACCCGGUGGCCUUCAUGGUGGCCUUCUACGGCUGCCUGCUGGCUGAGGUGGUCCCUGUACCCAUAGAGGUGCCCCUCACACGCAAGGAUGCUGGCAGCCAGCAGAUUGGGUUCCUAUUGGGAAGCUGUGGGGUUACCGUGGCGCUGACCAGUGAUGCCUGCCAUAAAGGCUUGCCCAAGAGCGCUACAGGAGAGAUACCACAGUUCAGAGGGUGGCCUAAGCUGCUGUGGUUCGUGACUGAGUCGAAGCAUCUCUCCAAACCUCCUAGAGAUUGGUUCCCUCACAUCAAAGAUGCAAACAGCGACACAGCCUAUAUAGAGUAUAAAACGUGUAAGGAUGGGAGUGUCCUGGGCGUGACAGUGAUGAGGAUCGCUCUGCUGACUCACUGCCAAUCCCUCACACAGUCGUGUGGCUACACAGAAGCGGAGACCAUAGUGAAUGUUCUAGACUUUAAGAAGGAUGUGGGACUGUGGCACGGCAUCCUCACGAGUGUGAUGAACAUGAUGCAUGUGAUCAGCGUUCCCUACUCUCUGAUGAAGGUCAACCCGUUGUCCUGGAUACAGAAGGUCUACCACUUCAAAGCCAAGGUAGCGUGUGUAAAGUCCAGGGACAUGCACUGGGCUCUGGUGGCCCACAGAGAGCAGAAGGACAUCAGCCUGAGUUCCCUCCGUAUGCUGCUGGUCGCCGACGGAUCUAACCCCUGGUCUAUUUCAUCCUGUGAUGCGUUCCUGAACGUGUUCCAGAGUAAAGGCUUGAGGUCAGAGGUCAUCUGUCCCUGUGCCAGCUCUCCUGAAGCCCUGACCGUUGCCAUCAGGAGGCCAGUGGAGGACAGUAGCCAGCCACCAGGCCGAGGGGUUCUCUCCAUGCAGGGUCUGAGUUACAGUGUGGUCCGCGUCGACACCGAGGAACGCUUGUCAGUCCUCACUGUGCAGGAUGUGGGCACUGUUAUGCCUGGAGCCGUAGUGUGUGUGGUGAAGCCAGAGGGUGUGCCUCUUCUGUGUAAGACAGAUGAGAUCGGGGAGCUGUGUGUGUGUUCUGUCGCCACGGGAACCUCUUACUAUGGAUUGACAGGCAUGACCAAGAACACCUUUGAGGUGUUCCCUGUAGCCUCAGGUGGAGGCCUGGUCAGUGAGUAUGCGUUUGUGCGUACGGGGCUGCUGGGCUUUGUGGGUCCAGGCGGUCUGGUGUUUAUCUCCGGAAAGAUGGACGGCCUCAUCAUGGUCAGCGGGCGCAGACAUAACGCUGAUGACAUCGUAGCCACCGCACUGGCCGUGGAGCCAAUGAAAUUUGUCUACAGGGGGAGGAUAGCAGUGUUCAGUGUGACCGUGCUGCGUGAUGAGCGUAUCGUGGUGGUAGCAGAGCAGAGACCAGACUCUACUGAGGAGGACAGCUUCCAGUGGAUGAGCCGCGUGCUGCAGGCGAUAGACAGUAUCCAUGGUGUGGGUGUGUUCUGCCUGGGGUUAGUUCCAGCCAACACCCUCCCUAAGACCCCCCUGGGGGGUAUACACCUGUCUGAGACCAAACAGCUGUACCUGGAGGGGGGGCUGCACCCCUGUAACGUGCUCAUGUGUCCUCACACCUGUGUUACCAACCUGCCCAAACCACGACAGAAACAACCAGAGAUUGGUCCUGCCUCUGUGAUGGUGGGGAAUCUGGUGUCUGGGAAGAGGAUCGCUAUGGCCAGCGGCAGAGACCUGGGACAGACUGAUGACAACGACCAGUUCCUGUUCCUGUCAGAGGUGCUGCAAUGGAGAUCUCAGACGACGCCUGACCACAUCCUCUACACACUGCUCAGCUCCCGGGGGCUGGUGUCCAGUUCUCUGACCUGUCUUCAGCUCCAUAAGAGGGCGGAGAGAGUUGCUGCCCUGCUGCUGGAGAGAGGAGGACUACAGGAGGGAGACCACAUAGCACUGGUCUACCCACCAGGUAUAGACUUGAUCGCAGCAUUCUACGGUUGCCUUUACGCUGGCUGUGUUCCUAUCACUGUCAGACCGCCCCACCCACAGAACAUCUCAACCACACUGCCCACAGUCAAGAUGAUCGUAGAGGUCAGUCGUUCGGCCUGCGUGAUGACCACAGCGGUCAUCUGUAAGCUGCUGCGGUCGAAGGAGGCGGUCGCCACAGUGGACAUCAGGAACUGGCCUCCCGUCCUGGACACAGAUGACCUGCCAAAGAAGAAGCCUCCAGCUCUAUAUAAGCCCUGUAACCCUGAUGCCCUGGCCUAUCUGGACUUCAGUGUGUCCACUACUGGCAUGCUGGCUGGAGUACAGAUGUCCCAUAAUGCGGUGGGAGCGUUCUGCCGAUCGGUGAAGCUGCAGUGUGAACUCUAUCCCUCCAGAGAGGUAGCCAUCUGUCUCGACCCCUACUGUGGCCUGGGCUUCGUCCUCUGGUGUCUCUGCAGUGUGUAUAGUGGCCACCAGUCUAUCCUGAUCCCUCCAGUAGAGUUGGAGUCUAACCCAGCGCUGUGGCUGCUCGCUGUCAGCCAGCUCCGAGUCAGAGACACCUUCUGUUCCUACAGCGUCAUGGAGCUCUGCACUAAAGGACUGGGCCUGCAGACAGAGGCACUGAAGGCACGGGGCCUGGACCUGUCCCGUGUGAGGGCGUGUGUUGUGGUAGCAGAGGAGAGACCCAGGAUGUCUCUAACACACUCCUUCUCCAAGCUGUUUAAAGACCUGGGCCUGCACCCCCGAUCUGUCAGCACAGCAUUCGGCUGUAGGGUCAACCUGGCUAUCUGUCUACAGGGAACCUCUGGGCCGGAUCCCACUACAGUGUACGUGGACAUGAGAGCUCUGCGGCAUGAUAGGGUGCGGUUGGUGGAGAGAGGUUCUCCUCACAGUCUCCCUCUCAUGGAGUCAGGAAAGAUCUUACCUGGCGUCCGCAUCAUCAUCGCCAACCCAGAGACCAAGGGACCGUUGGGAGACUCCCACCUAGGAGAGAUCUGGGUGCACAGUGCCCAUAAUGGCAGUGGAUAUUACAGUGGUUAUGGAGAGGAGGUCCUUCAGUCUGAUCACUUCACCUCCAGACUUAGCUUCGGAGACACAUCCACCGUCUGGGCUCGCACCGGAUACCUGGGCUUCUUACGACGUACUGAACUCACCGAUGCCAGCGGAGAGAGACAUGAUGCUCUGUAUGUUGUGGGCGCGUUGGAGGAGGCCAUGGAGCUGAGGGGGAUGAGGUACCAUCCUAUAGACAUAGAGACCUCCGUCAUCAGGACGCACAAGAACAUCAUGGAGUGUGCGGUGUUUCCCUGGACUAACCUGCUGGUAGUCGUAAUAGAACUAGAAGGCUCGGAGCAGGAAGCCCUGGACCUGGUUCCCAUGGUGACCAAGGCGGUGCUGGAGGAGCAUUACCUCAUCGUUGGGGUCGUCGUAGUAACGGACAUCGGGGUGAUCCCCAUCAACUCUCGCGGGGAGAAGCAGCGCAUGCACCUCCGGGACGGCUUCCUACAGGACCAGCUCGACCCCAUCUACGUGGCUUAUAACAUGUAACCCAGACGCCCCAUCCUGGGGGGGUGGACCUGAGUGAGGGGGAUGUGUGUGUAUGUGUGUGUUAGCAUGCGUGUGUAUGGAUAUGUGCUUGUAUAUCGCUAGUGUUCAUUUUAAAUCAAGACGUACUGUAUUUUUGAAUCUGCACAUGGUCAUAUGGUGUGGUGCCAGUUGUCUGAUCCUUUAGUUGUGCUGUGGUGGAGGUAUGGCUGUUUCUGCACCCCCGGUUAAACCUGACACCUAGACAGGAAGUCACUGUACAAAACCUUAAGGGAACACUGUGUAUCGAUAGACAGGAAGUCACUGUACAAAACCUUAAGGGAACACUGUGUAUCGAUAGACAGGAAGUCACUGUACAAAACCUUAAGGGAACACUGUGUAUCGAUAGACAGGAAGUCACUGUACAAAACCUUAAGGGAACACUGUGUAUCGAUAGACAGGAAGUCACUGUACAAAACCUUAAGGGAACACUGUGUAUCGAUAGACAGGAAGUCACUGUACAAAACCUUAAGGGAACACUGUGUAUCGAUAGACAGGAAGUCACUGUACAAAACCUUAAGGGAACACUGUAUCGAUAGACAGGAAGUCACUGUACAAAACCUUAAGGGAACACUGUGUAUCGAUAGACAGGAAGUCACUGUACAAAACCUUAAGGGAACACUGUGUAUCGAUAGACAGGAAGACUGACUGGACCACUAGUAGUUGUUGUUAGGAGAGAGAGAGAAAAUAUCCCUGAACAUAUCUGUUUUCUUGAUGAAAUAGACAUUAAAAAUAAAGUUAUUAAAGUAUAUUGUCAGAAGAAGACAGGGGGUUCAGAUUAGUGUAUAAAUAUAAAUAUUGUAUAUAAACAUAAUCUAUAUGGAGAGAUAACUGAAACACACUGAGGACUAGCCCUGUUAUACAGCUCUCUCCACCCACACCCUGUGUACAUGUGUGUGCGUGUGUGUGUGUGUGUGCGCGCGUGUGUGUGUGUGCGCGCACGCAAUGCAGUGCAGUGCACUCCUCUUAUUAGAAUCACAUUCUCGAUUUGUUUCCUAAAACCCAUUGACUCCUAAAUGCCAAGUGAAUCCGUUAGAAGUAAACCAUUGUUUCUAUCCUACAUUCUUUAAACAUUGUACGCAUAUGAUUAUGGUAAUAUGUGAUUCUGCUAAGCAGAGAGCCCAGUAAGUAGCAGGGGGAAAAUGUAGUUGCAAGGAGUUGUGAAACCCAGCUCUGGACCAGAGACACAAUGCUUUCUAAAUGGCCCCAUUUCCUUUAAGGUACACUACAUAGGACAAGUAGGACUCCGUGUAGGGAAUCAGGUGGUAUUUGAGACACACCCACAGUGAAGUGUUCUAACAGAGACACACCCACAGUGAAGUGUUCUAACAAAGAGACACACCCACAGUGAAGUGUUCUAACAGAGACACACCCACAGUGAGGUGUUCUAACAUAGACACACCCACAGUGAAGUGUUCUAACAGAGACACACCAACAGUGAGGUGUUCUAACAUAGACACACCCACACUGAAGUGUUCUAACAGAGACACACCCACAGUGAGGUGCUAUAACAGAGACACACCCACAGUGAAGUGUUCUAACAGAGACACACCCACAGUGAAGUGUUCUAACAGAGACACACCCACAGUGAAGUGUUCUAACAAAGACACACCCACAGUGAAGUGUUCUAACAAAGAGACACACCCACAGUGAAGUGUUCUAACAAAGACACACCCACAAUGAAGUGUUCUAACAAAGAGACGCACCCACAGUGAAGUGUUCUAACAAAGACACACCCACAAUGAAGUGUUCUAACAAAGAGAUGCACCCACAGUGAAGUGUUCAAACAGAGACACACCCACAGUGAAGUGUUCUUACAAAGGGACACACCCACAGUGAAACGUUCUAACAAAGAGACACACCCACAGUGAAGUGUUCUAACAGAGAGACACAGUUUAUUUAUUUAUUUUAAAUAUGUUAGUCAUAAGUUAUUACUUAUGGCAUUUUAUAUGCAUGUUAUCAGUUAUAACUUUUCUGUGAAAAACAUUUUAGUGCUCCUUAUGCUUUGUUUACAUUCAUCUUUGGGUUUGAUCAUUAAAAACACAACACAUUUCAUUUUUAUUUAAUUAAUCAGCUACUUUUGUCUCAGAUAGCUAUAAUGUGAUCCCAUGUAUGAAAAACAUGCAUAUCAUGACGUGUAUUUAUUUGCUUGUUAUUCUGUACUGGAGAAUGGUGAUGACAUUAUCAGCCCCUGACUGUGUGUUGGAGAGAAACGAGUCUGGUGGGUAGGGUUAAACCUGGUCCAGAAACUAGAGGUGAGAGAGACUGCAUGGUGUGUGUGUGUUCGUAUGUAUAUAUUGUGUGUAAAUAGUGUUGAUUUUGUACGGUACAGGUGUGUGUGACUGUUUUGUACACAUGAUGAAAAGAUCAAAAGGACACUUUUAUAAGAGCCUUCCAUUGGCUCAAUGUCAUACUAUACGGUGCAAUAAAGUGCUUUGAUUGGUG